UGAUCCGUUUGCCAUUUAUGCUCAUGGCUCCAGCAAUUUUUAUUUGUCUGCCAUACUUGGAUGGUGCUUCAUUUGUUCGGUUGAGAAUUAAGUCAUUAAUCUUCGUGCAGGCUUUUGAAAGAGCCAUUUUUUCUUGACGCAUCGACUAAAGUUGUUCGUAGUGGAAAGUCGUGCGAAAGACGCCGUACUCGUCACUCGUGAUCGUGUUUUGGUAGCUCAACUGGAUCUCUUUUCCAUGACGAAACUUCCGUCUCUUUCGCUGUUUGACUUUAUAUUAUAAAUAGCCUGCAUUUCGCAGAUCCAUUGCAGAAUGGCAAACGGCGACGUGUGCUGCGUGUUGCAGUGUCCCUUGUCAGAGCCAUCCCGUUCGAUGCGCAGCGUGUGUUUCUUCGCUUUCCCGCAUCCGAGCGACCCGCGCUAUCCCGUCUGGAUUGAGCGCACUCGGCGUGCAAAAGACUGGACUCCAUCCGCAGCCAGCAAGAUCUGCAGUCGACACUUUUGCUCUACGGAUAUCCUCUCCGUGCCGUCAGCCGAGGACUGCGAGAAGACGGAGAAGCGUCUCAAACACGAUGCGCUGCCGAGUCUCUUCGAAGGCAUCCCGCGCAGCCUGCAACCGCCCGUGGAGUCUGUUCCGCGACCAGACAGCCCGGAAAUCGGCUCAAACAGUCUGCCAGCGCGUGUGGAUCCCCCGCGGGAGUCUCGCUCUCGUCCAGGCGGUUCGAUCAUCGGAUCUUCCAAUGCGAGGAAGCGCAGUGCGGAUGAUGCAGAUAGGCUCGCCUCUUCUUUAAAGCGGAAAUCCCUGCCUCCUCGACGCACUCCUACGACUCCAGCUCCUGUCGCCAAAAUCAUAAAAUUAGCCAAACCGAACAGCCAGAACACCAAACCGAGCGCUGAGAAAAUUCCGGAGCUUCCAGUCGCGGCGGUUGUCCCUCCUGCACCAGCAUUCCCCUUCCCAUCGCCGGAUGUCCUCUUCCAUCCAGACCAGACUGACAGCGCCAUCGCUCCCCAACUGUGCCCUGUUCUACCGCGUCCGUCAAGUAUGGCUGAUGCUGUGGGGAUUUCUUCUGGGGCAUCGCCAAUGAAAUCUGUUAAUCAAUCGGUCUCUGGGAGUCAGCUGCGUUCUAUCAUGCCGCGUCCACCAGAUGUUCCUUUUGUGACGAUCACCCCUUCGGUAGCGCUGUUUAAUUCCCAGAAUCAGCUUAAUUCUGAUGGUCACUUGUACUCCGUUCUAUCGCGCGCGAAUAAUUUUACUCCAGCUGUGAGCAUUUCUUCUGCGACGAGUACCGUUAUUCCUUCGGUAACACCAGUUGAACAUCAGAAUGAACAUAAUUCUGGUAGACAGCUACACUUUAUUCGACGGGGUCCGAGAAAAAAUACUCCUGCUGUAAGGGUGUUUCCUCCUGCCCCGACGGUGACGGCCGUUGAUGUCCCGAAUCAACUGGAGAGCGUAACCGAAGUGGCCGAUCCCAUGCAGAUCUGCUGUGUCCCCGGUUGUCCCAUCACCUCCUGGAAUGCCUCGCGCAAUUUGGCCACGCUGUUCCCCUUCGUGUCGCCCACACAGCCUCUCCAGUACGACAUCUGGGUCACUCGGCUGCGUUGUACAACAUCAUGGGAGCCGCAGCCGCCCUUGUUCAUCUGCAAUCAGCAUUUUGACGCCUCCGACGUUCCGCUUAGCAGUGUGUCAUCCGCUCCGUUCAACCGAACGUUGAACCCGCUUGCUGUGCCCAGUCGAUUGACCUGCAUCAGUGCCUUUCAUUACUCGGGGAUGCGGGAGGGCGCGGCAGAAACAAAUGUCGCGGGAAUGCAGACCUGCCUCGCAUGCGGUGCCAAACGGAAGCCGGGGUGGACGAAACCCUCCGAAACGCUGGUGUUCUAUCCUUACCCCACCAACAGCCACCUGGACACGUUAUGGAUGAAAUUUCUCGUGGAAAAGAACUGCCGCAGAGAAGUAACCAGACAGUCGCUGAUGUGUCAGAAUCAUUUUGCAGCGGAUGACUUUGUAGCGAACCGACGCGGUGGAGAGCUGAAGAGCGAUGCUGUUCCGUCGCUAAUGUUCCCUCUGUGGACUGAUCACGUGCCAGAGGAACACCAGGUCGCCGGUCCACCGCUACCGUCGCCACAAACGGCUGUUGCGAUCCCGACUUCGCAGCCGAAGGAUAAUCUUACAGUUUCCACGGAAAGCGAGCGCCCCGUCACACCUGCAGUGCCAUUCAGCGCCGGAUCAGAAAUAAUAGCAGUUUCCUGUGUGCCGCCAACAGCUCUCGGGGCAACGCCACUCUUGCGGGGUAAAACUAAGGCAUCAGCUAGAUCGAAAGGCCAGCGCCGAGCCGAACCUGCAGCAGCCUCUAGCGCCGGGCCGGAAAUAGUUUUGCCGGCACCGCAAAUUGCUCCGCCAAGCUGUACCGUUACCCCGCGGUUAGCGGUGAUUCCCAAGGACCCUCUGCGUACCAGUCACACCACGUGUUGUGUACCGGGAUGCCGAGUUUGGAAAACAUCCGCUGUCGGGAAGACCGUGACAUAUCACUGCGUAAUAACCACCAGCGCGCUGCGGUACAGUCAGUGGCUGGACCGUAUCCGCUGCGCUGUGUCGUGGCAACCCUGGCUCCACGAUAGAAUUUGCAGCCAGCAUUUCCAUCCUGAGGAUUUCGACUACAACGGACGCAAGCAUCCCAAAGCCACCGCUGUACCGUCCCGAUUAGAGUGCAUGCAGGACUUCCGCACAUCACUUAAUCCGGAGGCACUGGUUGAUCUGAAGUCGAAGAAGAUAUGCUGUGUGUGCGGUUGGUGGCGACCACUGCUGUUGGACUACAGAUGCACGACACGAUCUGAACGAUUGACCUUUUUCCCUUUUCCCGCCGAGGUCACUUUGCGCAGCCAGUGGGUCGCCGCGUGCCGCCAAUGGAAGCCGGAGUUUGUCGUGAGCGAUGGGGCGCUGGUCUGUGAGAACCAUUUCCGGCCGGAGGAUUUAUUCUUCACUCGGGAUCGUAAUAGACCGAAGAAACUGUGGACACUGUUGCUUCACAACGGAGCCAUUCCGUCGCGAAAAGCCUUGCCCUUAUUCAGCAGUGUCCGUGAUGCGGAAGUUGCAGUGGGGAUCAGGGAGUUAUUAACAAUGCCACAGGAUGACGGUUAUUUGUGUUGUGUACCGGGAUGUCGGCUUAUUCCCGGUGCAUCAUCCUCUGCGGAAGGGUUGAGCUAUUGUGCGUUCCCCACAGACAGAAAGCGGCGGAACCAAUGGAUUAACAGCAUGCGGUGUGCCGUUUCCUGGCAGCCGCGUGAGCGUCACCAUAAGGUGUGCAGUCAGCAUUUUACAGCACAGAAUUUUAUUUGCCGUGGAGGUGUUGUGACUUUAAGGCUAAAGCCGGGUGUCAUUCCUUCUCGGAUGGAGUGCGUUGAAAAGUUUCGCACGCCAGGAAAUUCCGGUGUGUCGGAUGGAACAGUACAGGUUUGUUCUGUUUGUGGCUGGUACCGGUCGACUGCGCCUUGUAAACCGUCCGAGAGAUUGGUAUUUUUCAAUUUCCCGACCGACUCUGCCCUGUGCAACGCAUGGAUCGCGGCCUGCCGGAAGCUAAAUCGGGAUUUCGUCCUCUCUGAUGGAUCGCUGGUGUGCGAAAAUCACUUUACACCAGAUGACUUGAUGGUGGUUGUACCACGCGCCGGAAGCGAAUCCAUAAUCAUGCUAAAGGACACGGCUGUCCCGUCAUUGAAAUCCUUCGACAUUUACCCAACCGACAAUAACGAAGACACUGGUCUUUCUGUACAACCGGUCGGUGAUAGCAUUGGUGAUUCUUUGGCGCCAGACGCAGGGCUUCCCUUUGAAUCCAGUGAUAUAGAAAGUGAAGAAGAAACGGAAGCAGUGAAUGGAGACAGUGAUUUGCCAAUGAAAGAGAGUGUCUCUUUGGAAAGUAGCUCAGCACCGGUGUAUUCCACCCGUACCUCAUCUGUCACGUCGAAUCAACAGGUUGUGUCCCACAACGGUCUACCAGGCGAUGAAGAAUCUGUGGCUGCUUCGUUUGCCCCACGGGCGAUACCACCAGCUGUGGUUCAGCCUCGGACGCGCACCGGAAACGCAGUUACGGCUCCGCCCUCGAUGACUUCACCCAGUAACUCCUUCUUAUACUGCGAAUCAUGUUCCAAGGUGAUGCAAACGCCGUGCUGGAUACAUUCGGACAGUAUCCCGGACGAACCGGUCAUUCCAUUGGCAGUCGGUAGCUUGCCCAGAGUUUUGUAUAUGGACGUCUGUGAUGAAUCGCCGACCGGAAAGACAGUUUUUGUCAAAGAAACGCUGGAGCGGCACACGGUGUUCGGUCCGUUAGUCGCUCCGACGGUGUCGAGCGACGAAGAUAAACCCCGUUACAUGGAUGUUUCCGAAUUGGGUGAGGACGUCAAGCGUAAGCAGUAUCAGCUGGAUUCGGAUUACGCCUGCAACUGGAUGAAGCACGUGCGACUGGCGGACAGCGAGGAAGCGAGCAAUUUGCUGGUGUUCGCGCGCGGAGGCGAGAUCGUCUUCGUCACAAACAGAGUUAUCUCUCCGCACGAAGAACUACGAGUGUGGUAUUCCAGACAGUAUCUGGAUCUCGUUACUCCUGCUGCCACUGUCGAUCUUUGCUUUGAUGGAGAAACACCGGUGGCAGGCGCAGAGGAAGAGAGUGGAAUGGUAAGCGAUGAUUGUCAGGAAGAACAGGUUUCCGAUGAGGAAAUGUCGGAUGAUGUUCCUUUGGACAAAGAAACAGCCUUGACGAGCCGGUCUACAAAUACUUCCACGAUGCCGUUAAAGGCUUUUGAAUUUCAGGAGAACUUGUGGGAACCGGAAACGAACCUUGCCGAAAAUGGCAGUUUUAUUGGCGCGAGUGAUGGACGAGUCGGUUUAGAUGCCGCAUGUGAAUUCCCGGAAAUUCCCGACGGGGCCAAAGCGUCCUUGAACGGUUUAGAAGGGAGCAGAAAGUGUUCCCUGUGUGGUGAAUCGUUUAUAGACGUACAUGAUCUGAUAAAACACGUCAAGGGACACUCCCGUAGACAGAAGUGUCCCGUGUGUGGAAUUUGGUUCGCUUGGUUGGAGGCACACCUUCGUAGUUUUCAUCCGGAACAUCCCAUCCAGACCGACAAAUUGUGCCAGCGUGCGAAGUCUCGGAAAUCUUCGUCAGCUAAACAAAAACCCAAAAUGUCGUCUACACAACAAAAAUUUUCGGAUUACGCGUAUCGUUGCCCCGAGUGCCAUGAACAGUAUGACUCACAGAACGGUUUGCGGAAUCACAUGAAGAGUCAUCAGCCGGGAUAUACCGCGACGACAGGGUACACGAAACUGACAUGUACCGAGUGCGGUUUGCGGUUCGCCACGCAAGAGCUGUGCCGGCUGCACCAAAUGAACCAUCAGACGCACGACGAUUCCGCCGCUAGUCAGCAGCGAGCGUGCCCCGCCUGUCCGCGCACCUUCGACGAGUGUCGCCAACUGGCGCAGCAUGUCGACACGCACGGGACGCCCACGAAGCUGUGUCCGGUGUGCGGGAAAUGGUUCGGUGCGCUGCGCCAACAUAUCUACGCAAACCAUCCGGAAGUUACACGGAAUCGCUACGCAGACGGUGGCAGUGAUUCCGCUGAGCCGGGAACGAAGAAAUUUUCCUGCCCGCAGUGUGGGAAACGGUUUGCAUUGCGGAUUAGUCUACAAGCGCACCUGAAGAAUCACAAGACUAGCCUGCCGAUGAACAAUCAGACCUGUCAGGAAUGUGGUCUACGCUUUGGGACGGAUGCCGGCUGCGAACUGCACAAACUGAAACACAAACUGCACACCGGCGACGAGACGCCGCCGUGCGAGACGACGACCUGUCCGGAAUGUCAUGAUACGUUUGAGGAGGUAACGGAGCUGUUGGACCACGUGAGUGACCAUGGGCGGCCCACCAAGCAAUGUCCGGUGUGUAGCAAGUGGUAUAGCAAACUGCGCAGUCAUAUCCGUCGUGAACAUCGAGGAGUUGAUAUCCAGUCGGAAUCUUCGAAAACUGACGGAAAGGAACACCGGAAACCAGUGCUCGUCCAUAGCCUGACUUGCCAGAAAUGCGGUAUGACAUUUGAAUUGGAGGAAUUGUAUCGGCUGCAUAAACUGCAACAUGGAGACGCCGGUACUGCUGACACUGAAGAGAGCACACGUCAAUGUCCGCAGUGCAGCAAGUCAUUCACAGAUCUGAAGAAGUUACUGCGACACGUCGACAUGGGACACGGGACAGCUACGAAGCAGUGCCCGCACUGUGAUGGAUGGUUUGACCGCCGCCAGCUCUACGAUCAUAUCAAACGGAUGCAUCGCGCGGCCUCGUCAUCGGACAGUGACGGGGUGGAGGAGCCUUCCGACAAUGAGUACAGCGCCAUCCACGAGGAAUUUCUGUGUGGCUUCUGCGGGGCCAUCUUUCUGACUAAUGAAUUAUUGAAGCUGCAUACGGCGGGACACUGUACCAAAGACGGAGCACUGUAUUCGGACAAGGAGGAAGAUGAAGGGGAUUCUCCGGAAGCGUCGCCGGAGGUUGUGGAGGCUCCGUCCAUUACGAUUUCGCCGGAAAGAAGCGAGCUGCCGGUUGACAAGAAAGAUGUGGACGAAUCUGAUAGUGACAGUUCCAGCAGCUCCGAAGAGUCCCUGUAUAUUGCGGAGAGGUAUGCAUCCAGUGACAGUUCCGCGUCCUCGUAAGUUGCUGCAUGCUGCCAUUGUGGACCAAAGAAUGAAAGAAUGCGUACAUUUUCUCCAGUAAAGUUUACGUUUCGGUUUAUUUUAACGCUGAGAGAUUUGAUCGCGGACUGUAUUUGUAGAGCCUCAACAGAAGUAUUGUUUGUAUUUCGUAUUGUUUGACUGUUUUUGUGGGUAGUGUGCAUAUGCCGGCGCCUGUGAUCAUGGCAGUUUUUGGAAAUAGGAUGAAUUCAUAUUAUGUUCUGCAAUAGCUGGUUACAGUAAAAAACUUGAUAUGAAUUUGCUUGGCUAUAUUGAUUAAA